AUGUCUUACGUUAUCUUUGGGAAGGCUAUCAAAAACGAGUACCUUGCGCUCGGCACGCUGCUCAGCACUGUCGGCCUUGCCGUUUCUAUGACGGGCGGGAAGAAGGACGCCGCUGCUCCCAAGGCGGCCGCACCUGCAACCGUAGGAUCUUCUUCGAGCAAGGAGGAAGACGAAUUCAUUGCGAACUUCAUCAAGGAAGCGGAGAAGGAGUCUGGCGCAGGACACUAG